AUGCCAGAGUUAUUUAUUCCUGUUUAUUUUGGCUCAUUUGACUUAAAAAAUCAUUUUAUUACAACAUGGGCUGAUGAUUUAGAAAAAAAAAGGGUUGCCACAGGUUCAAUUAAUGGAGACAUAAUCAUUUGGGAAUUCGACAACUUUAAUUUAAAACCACUUAUAAAGUCUACUCCACAUUUGAUAUAUAGGGUAGGAGGAGUAACAGCUUUAUAAAUAAUGAGAAGACCAUUUGCAGAAUUUUAAGAUAGCAAUAUGAAUUGUGUAAUAGCAAUUCAUUAAGAUAAAAGAAUAAGAAUAUUAAGUAUGUUAGAUGGCAAAUAAAUAUUGAUUUCAAAUCAUGAUUAAUUUCUGUAUUCAAAAUAAAUCACACAAAUAUAUCCAGUUGGUGAUAGAACAAGUAGAUAUAUUACUUGUUUUGGUGAAGGAACAGCUAUUUAUAUUUAUGAUUUAUGGAAAAUGUGUUGUAGUAAAAUAUUUUAGAUUUAAGAUGAAUUUGAUUAGCCUAGAUUUUCUAUAUUUACAUCUAUUGGAACUGAAUUAGCUAUUAUUGGUAUAAUUUGAUGAUAUUCAAGAUAGCAAAUGUAGAGUCUAUUAAAUUAAUACAUCAGCAUAUAAAAAAAUUGAAAGAUAAAAUUAUUUUAAGUAUAUUGAAAAGAAAGCAUAAGAGAAAAAGAAAAAUGGAUUAAAAAAGUCUUUAAUAAGAUUAACUUCCAAUUUUUAUUUAAAAGGAUUACCUUAAAACAAAAUAAUCAAUACCAUUUAUAACACAAAAUCAUAGAUCAUGUAUAUAGUUUAUUCAAAAUAAAUUUAUGUUGUGAAUUGUCCUUUUAAAGAGAGUGAGUAAUAAAAAGAAAUGUUUUCAAUUAAAUCUUCUACAAAUUUAAUUAAAUUUAGAAAUAUUCAUUUAUUUAAUAGCUAAAAUAAAAAUAUAAUAAUAAUUGAAUAAUUAAAUGGUGAUACCAGUUUCAUUUAUGAAAAAGAUAUUUAAGAUAUUAUAUGUUUAAUAUCUAAAAGUUAUAAUUAAUGUAUAACAUUUGAUUUUAAUGGUUUUAGUUUUUCAAAAUAAAGUUAAUCUUCUUAAGGAUAACUAUUACUAUUACUUAAUUAAUAAUUGACACCUAUUUAAGUUUCAAAAUAUUUUUUUUAAUAGAUGAUAUUCACAAUUAAUAAUUUAUUAUUUAGAUAAAAUGGAUGCAUUAUUGAAAUUUAUAAACCAGAUUCUAUCUAUUAUGAUGAUUUUCGUAUUUGCAACCUUUAAUAGGAUAAUUAGUUUGAUGUAAAAUUACUUUCUGAAGGUUUUAUACUCUACCUUUAUUCAUAAUCAAAAUUUAUUAAUGAAUCAAAAUAAUAAGAAAUAACAGAUUUACCAAAAAAUAUUGUAGAUCUUUAAAUUUUUGAAUAAAAUGAUAUUCUAAAAUCUUUAAAUUUAAAUUUACCAGAACAUAUAUAAGAUUAAUUGAAUUAGAUUAAAAACAUAUCUAAAUAUACUAUUGGUUUAUAUAAUAAGACUGAUCUUUUUGCUAUUUUUGGAACAGAUUAAGGAAAUAUAUUCUUGAUUCCAUUUUUUUAUGAAAAGAAUAAAAGAUGGAAUAUUUAUAUUAAUAAUGAAUUAAAAUAAAGUAUAAUUUCAUUAAAAUUUAUUAAAAAUUCUAUUUUUGCUGUUGAUCAAACAUUAAAAUUAUUAGUCUUUAGUUUACAAAAUAUAUUUGGUAGAUUUGAUAAUUAAUCAGUUGAAUUUGUUUCAACUUAUUAAACAGUUUUACAAUCAAAUAUAAAGUAAGUAAUAUAAAUUAGAUAAUUAUUCUAAGAAUCUAACAAUAGCACCUUCACAAAUAAUGAUGCACUUAUUGUUAAAAGAAAGUUAGCCAAACAUUUUGUGGCCUUAUUACUGGAAGAUGACUCUAUUUUAAUAUAUCAUACUAUAUUAAAUAUUAAGAAGUUCUCUUUUCAUAAUUAAUUUAAAUUAAAUUAAGGAUAAGUAAAAUUAUAUUAUGUACCACAUUUAUUGAUAUUUUUAUAUUCAAAAGGAGUUGAAGUUUCUGUUUGGUCAAUGGAAAAUGGUAAAUUUGAAAGAAUGAUUAAUAUUCAAUAAUUAUAAGAGUAUUUCAAUAUUGAUACAUUAUUAACAUAGAAAUUGUAUUAAAUGAUUAAUUCAUAUGAUUUCAAAUCAUUCAAAACUGAUUAGGUUUCAUAAUUUGAUCUUUUAGAAUACUCAAAUAGAAGUUAUUAGAUUUAAUACAAUUAUUCCUAAGAAUUGAAACAAUAAUCUCAAUAAUAUUUUUAUGAUUUUUUAGGAAUUUUAAGUAAAAUAUAAUAAAAUUCUUUUGAAUUUGAUGAAAUUUUGCAUAUACUAUCAUAUGAAGAUCCAGCAAUAAGUUAUAGAGAUAAAUCAAUAACUAUAUUUGAGUCAUAAGAUAUGGGAGAUAUGUUCUUAUUGUAUAAGAUUUAUUUAAAUUAAUUCAAAUCUACAUUAUAAUUUGAUAGAGUAAAUAAAUUUUAUAAAUAAUAAAAAGAACAAAGAAGAUAAGAUUCAAGUUCUUCAUAUUAUUUAUUAUGGUUUGAUUGUAAAAAGAAUAUUGAAAUAAUAAAAGAUUCUAUGGAAAAUACAGCUUCUAUGAAAAUACCCUUUACUUAUGUUCACUUUUAUCAUUCUUUGAAUCUAAUACCUAUAUUUAAGUGUUAAUUUGGUUUGUAAGGAAUGGCAGAAGGAUUUUCAAGAUUAAUUGAACCAAACAAUUAUUAAAUAAGUGGAUUAAUGUCUACUUAAUAUAGUAUAGCAGCAGCAUUAUGUUUAAAAUAAAUAAAAAGUAGAUUUUCAAUCUAAGAAAUUAACAAUUAAACAAGUUUAUUAAGUCUAUCUAGAUAUAGUCUUGAUAACUCAAAGGAUAUUGUUGAGAUUUCUUGUUAAUUGAUAUCUUAAUAAAUAAAGAAAAUGGAUAGUUUUUGUAAUGAUAUUAUGGUAUUAUAAAGUACUUCUAAAGUAUUUUUGUAGUAAUUUGAAAAGAAUAAUUCAAAUGUGUAUUUUUCUUUAGAGAUUAUGUGUCUAAUAAUCCAAACAUAUUUAAUGUAAUAAAUGAUGAGUAAUAUUGAAAUGAUUAAUUAUGUAUUUAAUAGAAUAAUGUCAGGUUUCACUCACUAAUUAUGUUUGAACAAACCUAAUAUUGUGUUUGUAUUUAUUAAAUUAUUAGAAGAUGGAAUGAAAAAAUUUCAUAAAUGCAUCUAAUAACCUAAAAUAUGUCUAUAGACUUUUAUUUCAAUUUAUUAUUACAUUUAUACUAUUUAUAAAUAUGGAUUUUAAUUAAAAGAGAUAAUUCAUUCCCCUCUUAAUAAGAAAUCAAAAGAGAAGGAUAAAUAUGAAAAUUUGAGAUAGUAUUAAUAAAUGAGUCGAAUAGAUUUAUAGAGAAUAAAACAAAGAUUAAGAAUAUUAAUUAUUGCUUUAUCUGAAUAUUUUUUUGAAGAAUUUAAGGUGACUAUCCAAGAAAUGAUUAAUUAAACAGACAAUUAUCCAAUUAUAGCAUGUUCAAUUCUUGAUUUAUUGCAUUGUCUAUCCAAAACAAAUAUUUUACUUCAUAAUAUAUAAUUCAUCUUAGAUUUAUCAAUAAAGUAUUAAAUAUAUUAAUAAAAUUAGAACCAUAGAUUAGAAUAAUCAAUAAUUAAGAAAGUAUACAUAUAAAAAUUAUGUUAAACUAGUAUAAUAUUUAGAUUAAAAGUUUGAAUUUAUAAGUUACUCCUAACAGAUAUUAAAAUUAGCUUUUGCAUCUGAUGGUUUAGUUUAAAUUUAUGAUCUAAGAUAUGGUGUAAAGUUAUAACCAUUAGAUAGAUAUCAAUGUAAUUAUUGAAUAGAUAAAUUAGCAUAAAUAACAAGUAUAGACUUUGAUAGUAAGGGAAAUUAAUUAGCUUCAUUUUCUUAGAAGGAUUAAAAUUUAAAGAUCUUUAAAUUAAAACCAACUAGUUCAUUUAUAUCUGGAUAUGAAAAUAUAUACAUUAAAUUAACUCAUUAAUUUAACUUUUUAUAUCCACUUUAUUAUAAAUUAGAAUGGGAUAAGGACUGCAAAUAUAUUUAUUUAUAACAUGAAGAUGAAUCAAAAGUAAUUAAAAUUGAUUGA